UAAGGAAACUGCCAUUACCAGACUUCUGUAGGAGGCAGGCUCCCUCGUCCUAGUCUAGGUGCAUGUGCAUGCCUCACUGUUGGCUGGAACGGUGACGAAGAAUACUAUCGCGUAGUAACCCAGGGGAAAGUUUAAAGCCUGGUUAUUUUUUCCCCAUUCUUUUUUUCAUAUUCUCUUCCGCUCCGCAUCGCACCAGCCAUGGCCCCAGCGACGAGCAACGGGGUCGUGCAAUCGACGACUUUCGCCGAAACUGCAGUACAUUAGCAGCGGACGUGACGCGAGCAGUAGGAGUUCCUCGGAUUCCCGAGUCUCAUCAUUCAAGAAUCUUACCAAGGGCAAAACGCCCUUCCUUAUGCCAUGCAGACAUUCCUCUGAAACAUUCCUCGAAGAACACAGAAGAGCAUGGCUCCAGCGACGAGCAAGCAGGUUGAGCACCCGACGUCGUCGCUCGCGGAAAUUGCAGUGGAUUGCCAACGGGACUGUGAGUCUCCUCAGAAUGAAAGACGACGGAACAAGGCAGCGAGCCAAACGAGUAGCGACGCCGGUGACGGUGACGGUGACGGUAACGGAUCUAGCGGCAGCAGUCCGGGGCCCGCUACUUGGCGGAGCUCUGACGGAAACGAAUCUUCUAUUAUUACAGACUUGGAUCUUCUGGCAAGAGCCAAGAGGCUCAGCCUGGGAGCAGCCGCGUUAGAGUCUCGCGGAGAUUUGUCUAGAAACGACAUGCUUAUAUCAGGUACAUACGGGUCACACUCUCGUCCGCGAAUCACGCCUCUGAUCGCGCAUCUGAGCGAUGCGGCCAUCUCACCUUCGACUUCGUCUGGCUCUCUUUCUCACUCGGCCGCGGGCAGCCCGAAAAAAAGCAUGCACACACGACGACCCGGCUCGGCAGCUGCGGGCAGCCCGAAAAGAAUGUUGCAGUCACGGCGAGGAUCCGCGGAUCUGCUAGCUCAUGUGGAAACAGCCGCGAGACAAGCCGCCGCUAUUGAAGCGGCCGCUAGUAAAGGAGAAGCUACUAAUGAAGCAGCUGCGAAGUAUAGCAGGGGCCGUGCUAGGAACGGCCCGUCAUUAGAGACCAAGGAUGACUUGGCGGCAGCGUUUUGGAGCAGACGAAGGGAACAACGCGCAACAGACGACUUCACUAACCUUGUGGAGCUCGUGCGACUGCGGGAGGCCAACGUGCGGCUCGAAGCGGAGGUAACUCGCCUGCGGGAAAAAUCAGACCGCCUGGAGGGCGAGAGGCGGCGGCUGUCAGCGCGACUGGCGGCGGUGCACACGGCGAUGCAGCAGCUGGAGCGAGAGGCGUCCAUCAGGAGCCGCACGAGAGCAGAAGCCACUAUGGUGACCCAGCAUAAGGGGUGGAACCGGUGGUUCAGCGGUGAUCCCAGUGCCAUGGAGCGUGUGCUGGAGACAGCGGAGGACGCCAGGGUGGAGAGAGCAGCUGCUGCUGCGACUGUGGAGAAGCUCGUGGAGGAGAAUGCUCGCCUGGUGCAGCAGGUCAACGAGCAGAAGCUGCUUGUAACCAAUCUGGUUACCACCUUGCAGACCAGCAUCCCAAGAAGCUCCUCUGGGGUACCCAUGCUCCCACACCAAAGCCCUCUUUCUUCUCUGCAUCCGCUCACUGCUGCCAGCCUGUCACAUGUGCUCACUCAGCCACUGCCAGCUCAUGCCACGUCAGCAGCAGGAGCAAGAGCAGCAGCAGGAGCAGCAGCAGCAGAAGAUAGGUCGCCCUCCUCCUCCUCCACACACUCCCAUCUCUCCUUCCCCACCUCCUCUCUCUCUACCCCUGCUGCUUCCUCACUGGGAUCAAAGGCCCAAGCAGCAGUUGCAGCGGGUGUUGCUGGCUCCCGAAUGCGAGUCCCUGUUCCUCAGGAUAGUCAGGACGAGUCGUCCAGGUCUCCAUCUCCUCUCCCCGCUGCUCUGCACUCCUCUGGCCCGUUUCCUGCUGCUGUGGACAGUGCUUUGCGUGCUGCUACAGACACCUCGCUUGCUGCUGCUUCAGGCAGUUCUAGGGGUGGUCAACUCACAGCAGAGGGCAGCUCUACUGUGAUCCGUUCUGCAUACUCAUCCUCCUCCUCACUGGCAACUGAUGCCACCUCUCUCCUCCCAUCCUACGUUCAGCCUUCCUCUCUCCCCCCACCCUCCCUUCAGCCUUCCAAUCUCCCCCCACCCUCCCUUCAGCCCUCCUCUCUCCUGCCUGUAGUGCGCGAUGCUCCUCCCCCCUCCGGGGCUCUCUGUGCGCAGCGGCCAACACCUACCCUGGCAGAGUCUACCAGCCGCUAUCCUGCCAUCUGGCCCGUAGCUCACGGUAAUAGAGAUGACCUUGCAACACCAGCAGCAGGACGGGUGGCUGGAGAGGUUGACGUAGUAGCUGUGACUGUAGAUAAUGGGACAGUAGGGGAUGGAAGGGCACAGGUGAUGGUGGAAGAAAGUGGGUGUGCGGUGGCUGCUGGAGGUGGUGCGGGUGCUGUGGCUGUGGCAGGGAGAGCUGGGGUUGCUGAGCAAAACGUGGUGUCGCUGAUUGAUUCGCCGCUUGUUGGUGCGCCGUUUAGGCUGGCGUUUUUCCUUGUGAAGGUGGUGAGUAAAACGGGGAUUGUUCAAAGGCUGGCGGGAAGGCUGGUGGGGGGGAGAAAUAAGAACUCAGGGGGAGAUGGUGGAAGCAGUGGGAAUGGGAAUGCGGAUAUGGAAGAGAAAGCUGUAUCUCCCGUUGGCAUGCUUUAGGGAGAAUGUUCUGAAGCUCUUUAAGACAUUCGUAGAGGGCUAUUAGGGUGUUGUAUAUAACAUUGAAGUGAAAGCACUAAGUGUGCUUUAGUAGAUCGUUAUGGAUUGAAACGACGC